AUGGAGGCGAGUCUGCAAAAUCGCGACCAAAAUGAUCAACCACCUCAAAUCUAUCGCAAUAAUGGGACCGAUGCGCAAGUGUUGGAGCGUUUGAAGCUUCGUGAGCUCGCCGAAGGUUGGGUAUGCUACAGGGAUGCUUGCGAAUGGGAGAACUUUCGAUCCAUCUUUGCCGAAGCGGCCUACGUCUAUACAACCUGGUCUGGUAAAUUCCAUGUAGACGACUUCAUUGAAGCUUCAAAGAUGGGCGUCGAUCAAGGUGUCUUUAUUAUGCAUCGGGCGCAUGGCGUCACCUCGAAUCUUCAUUUGGAUGCCGGGAGAGCGGUGACAAAGAUGAAGGCCACCAUCACACAGAGAUUCGAACUCGACGGCUGCGAAGUUGACGCUGAGGCCGACUGCCGGUUCAUAUUCUUCUUCGAAAAACAGCCGUCUACUGGUGAUUGGCUCGCAAAAUAUGUUCGUCACUGGUACGAAAAGGAUAAGCUGAUUCCAGUUGAUCCUCGGCAUGUGCCCAUGCUGGACGAUGAGAUUCUGAAGUCCUAUCCUCGAGGUUAUCGGUACCUAGCCCACUGCCAGCAACGAGCUAUGGGUAUUACAAUAUCGAAGGACUUACCCGGUCAUGCCAGAGACGGCGGCACUAUCAACGGGUCCAAGCACGACCUUUUGUACGAACAAGCUGUGCAGUGGUUGGCUGGUGAGGACAUAGCAUUUUGA